UUCGUUGUGAAUGCCGCAUUUUUAUCAUAGACAUGUAAAAUGUUUAAUGUGCCCUUUUUUCAUGCGAUAUCUCUUUCACUCUUGUUCUAAACUACAUUAACCUAUCCUGUUGUCACUUACUGACAUGUCCAAAUAAUACUGAAACGUGACUGUGUGUGAAGUUGAAAUGUUCCCGAAAAUCAAAUAAAAACUAUGAUCUCAUAAUUAUUUAAAUGUGGUUUUUGUGUCUAUUAGAUUUUAAACAUUUUUAAUGUUACCUCUUUAAUAUUUUACUGUGCAUUUGUUUAACGCGAAGAAGCAAUGCAGCAGUCGCCCUUUGAAAAUAUAUUCAACAUUAUAGGAGGAAUAACGGAAGGAAACGAGAAACCCAUGAAACAUGGGUUUUAUAACGCUUUUGCCCUCUUCAUAUUAGCUAUAUGUUGUGUGGCAGUGUACGUGCUGUUUCUGAUAUUAGAGCCUUUUUUCAAGCCGUUGUUUUGGGCUCUUCUAGUUGGCUCUUUGCUCCAUCCAUUUAAAUACAAACUAUCCAAGAAGCUGAAAUCAUGGUUCGAGGAUCUGGAGAAGUCGAACACGUCUGUGGUGGUGGGAUUGAUGGUGAUUCCCAUGAAUGUGGUUAAUUAUGCCUCGGACACUGUUGGGCAACAGUUCAUAGAUCAUUACAAGACUGUGAUAGGAUUGUUGUCAGCAAUAUUUGUGUUGCCGUGGCUAUACAAUGCGGUACCUCGGAGUCUAGUCUGCAUCUUCUGGCAAUUUAGCAGUUUCAUCAGCUUUUCCACCACAUUAUUGAUAAGUGUCUGCAGCUCCUACAUUACCUUGACAAUAUUCUUAGCUUACAUUAUCAGUGUGUAUAUACUAUGGACACCGCAAAGAGCCACUCUCUUCCGUAUUACAUCACACAUGCUAUGGCUGGUGAUCUCAAGCUUUAUAGCAAGUCUCACAGGAUCCCUGCAAGUCUACACCUUCGUGUUCCUUCAAGCAAUAUGCAUUACUGGCUUUACUUUACAAGUGCUUGAUGUACAUAAGAAAUUAUUGGAGAAAGAUCCAGAAGCAUCACUCAUAUUAGCCUUCUUUAAGACUAUUUCAAAUGAUGAAGAUGUUGAGAAAAAGGUGGAAGACAAACCUGAAGAGGUGCCUAUAGAGUCCAGUGAGCAGGAGAGUACUCCAGAAAAGGACUCACCAUCUCCAGUGACACCUGAGAGCUUAGUGAAAAGGGGAAGUUGGGCGUCCAACGAGCCAAUCCAAAGUUCCCCUCGACACCCAAAAAUGCUGUUCAAAACUAGAACACUAUCCGCUCUACCGUUAUCGAAUCCGAAAAUUAAAUGCGACACACGAUUCUUAAAUGCGUUCAAGCAAAGAUCAUUAGAUGAGAAUUACAUUAAGAAUAACUUUGACAAUGAUGAAGAAACUGCUCUGUACUUCAAGCUCUUGUUCUUCGGGUGUCUGUGUAUGCUUGUUUGGAAGCACAUCUGGUUGUUGCCAGUAACUCUCUUCUUCCUCGCUAUACAUGUAAUGAAGAGGCUGUUAGAUUAUUUCGGAGUAUGGCUGUUCUUUGAGAAUCACUAUAAUAAUAUUAUGGGGAAAAUAAAAGGCUGGUGGAAAUUGAGGCAAUCAGCUUUACUGCCGGCGCACGUACGUGGGCUAGGCAAGAUGGCUUCUGUUUGCAAUGCUAGCUUCCGAGACAUGGGGUAUAGCUCUGUGGAUACUGUAUCCACAUGUAUUGUCAUCGUUGGACUUAUAUUGUUCCUGACUGUCGCUAGCGUCUUCAUAUUUAUACAGAUAUAUUCAGAAGCCAUAGUAGUAGUUCAAUUGAGCGGUAGUCUGUUGAACAGCACCUAUGUUCAGAAUAGCGAAUUGCAUGCUUAUCUACCUGAAGGAUGGGAGGAGAAACUCGACUCACUCAUUGAUAACGCCUACACAUACGGGAGGGAAGGGAUCUCUACUGCGAUUCAGAACGUAGUUAAAAGUAUCCUAAAAGAGGGUGAUCCAGAGAAAAUAAAUCGCGUAGAACAACAAAUAUUGGAGCUAUGGGAUCGAGUGUACCAGAGUUGGGUCUCGGGACACUUCACGUCCACUGUCGGGCCACAGGUCGACGGCGCUGCGAUACAGGACUCGUGGGAUAACCUGGUCAAUGAUGUGUCUAAUGCACCUGGCAUGUUCGACUACUCAGGCAUAGUGGCGUGGGUGCAAGCUAACGUCGGUACGCUGAGCGCUAUAGCUACGAGUAUAUGGGCGCCAUUGGCAAGCAACGUGUCCCUAUUGGCUGGGUCAGUUGGAGCGUUCACAUCUCUGCUACUCUGCGGUGGAAGCGCUCUCAUUAAUAUGUUCAUUAACUUGGUUGUAUUCUUCACGACUCUGUUCUACCUGCUGGCGUCCAGUAACGCGCUGUAUAAGCCAGUGGAGGUGAUCACACAAGUUCAGCCUAACUUUGGGCCUAGGCUCGGCAUCGCGCUCUCUGUGGCUAUUAACCAGGUUUUCCGAGCGUCAUUCAAGAUGGCGCUAUUCUACGGUCUAUGGACGUGGCUAGUGCACAACUUGUUCGGCGCUAAAGUCGUUUAUUUACCAUCAGUGUUAGCAGCAGUAUUAGGUGCAGCUCCGUUCCUGGGCCCGUACCUGGCCGGUAUACCGGCGGCCCUGGAUGUUUGGCUGCAAGGCAGGCCAAUGGCCGCGUUACUCCUACCCAUAGCGCAAGCGGCUCCCAUAGCUUUCCUCGAUGCUGCUGUCUACGCUGAGAUUAAAGACGGCGGACAUCCUUAUGUGACCGGGCUUGCCAUUGCCGGCGGUAUAUUCUACCUGGGACCUGAAGGUGCAAUCCUCGGCCCUCUCCUGCUCUGCUGCCUCAUGGUGGUCCUCAACCUGUCCUCCACAUUCCUCAGGGACACGCCUUCUGAGGAGAGGGCAGCACUGCACUCGAGAGUCAGGUCGUUAUUGGGAUGUUUUUAAGAUAAGGUUCGGUGCUUAUCUCUGAUGGGCUUGCAUGCACCACUAACUCGUAACGUCGCCACCUCAUUGUCAAUUGAUAUAAGCAAUAUGUAAUUGUGUAACAGCCGAACACCAAAUGUUAAGAAUAACUUACAUUCAAUACUCAUUCUGUACACUUCAGGACAAAUUUAUUGGGACAUCUUUCCAUAAAUAUAUUUGAAUUAUGCAUACAAUGUGUUAUUGCUAAUGUUCAACAAUUAUUUAAAACACAUUGAGAGGGUUUGCGGAUUCCACGCAGUCAUGUGAUAAGCGAAAAAAUCCAAAUAGGUACAAAAAUGUGCCCUUUAAUUUGUCCACAAGUGUACCAUAGUAUAUUUAUUGUUAUAUCAUUAACUAGUGAUGAACAUCGCACGAUACUAUAAUUAUAUUAUUUAUAGUACCCACUCACUCAAAGCUAUAUCUGUGUAAAAAAGCCAAAGAGAUGCUUAAUACUGGUCUCUCUACACUUAGUGCAUGAAAAGUGCCGUUAAAUGUGCUUUUCUAGUAUAAUUGAAGCCAGUUUCACGACCACUAUAUACUUAUUAUUUAUUAAUUAUAAAGUAUAUAUGUUUGCCCAGUCUGUUAAAAGCAGAAACUUGUUAGGAUUUUGUGGAACUGGCCAUUAAUAUUAUAUAACAAUAAUAUAUGUAUAUGUAUUUUAAUAUAAAAAAAACCUCCACUAUUCGUGUAAGUCUAUUUAAACUCAAAGUUGUGUUUUAUCUCAAGUUAGAAAACUCGGGUCUUGACAAGUUUUGGUCGACGUAUUCGUCAAUCUAUUCUACCGGCAUAAAAUAUGUUAAUGCCGACCCAAUAAUUUGUAAAAAGGUCAGAAUUGAAAUUUAAAUUAAGGAAAUCUGAUUGAUCUGAAUCUGACUGAUUGUACGUAAAAUCAGAUCCAGUUUAGCUAACUUGAGAUUUAACACAAUUUUUUUGGUAGAUAUCAAUGCAAGUGCGUAUUACACCGAGGACAAUAAUGGCAAGCGGUAUAGCGAUACAUGAAAAUUACCUCGACCUCUGCCUACCCUCUUGGGUUACGUAUGCAAUGGAUGAACUCUCUCUCGGUAUUAACUAAAAAUCGAGGUUCACUCACGUAAAUGAAUGGAGAAAAGCUCUACUAGUUUAGAGUCUGUCAGAGUACGCUGCAGCUCAUGAUGAAGAAUCGUUCUGUCUCUCUCGGUAUAAUACGUCCUUUAAAAUCUGUGUUAUAUCUGUGUAAUUUGUUGUUUCAUGUCUGUUUUUUUCGCUUUGUGUUCGUACCCAUAUUUAUUUAAAAAAAAAAUAGCUAAUAUCUGCAAAUUGUGAUGUUUUAUAUGUACCUACGUCGGUAAUUAUAAUAAUUUCUGUGUCCUACGUUAAACGUUUUACAUUGCAGUUCAAACAAAAUGGGCCACUUUGACAGUGGACUUUUAGUCAAUAAGCAUUUAGGUAUUCAUCCAGAGAUUUUUCUUUAUUAAAUUAUUAUUAUUUAUUUAUAUUUAUGUACGUUUAUGAAGUGUUAGUAAGGAUUACAUAAGUAUUAAAUAGAUAUUUAUUACAACGAUAAAAUAUACAUAGGAUAUGAAAUAAACGAAAUCAAUUUCUUUUUAAACAUGAAAUAUUAUAACAUUAGUAUUAUUGAGAAAAGACGAUCGUAGGAAGUAAAAAUGUAUUUUAUUUAUUUUAUGGUUCCUUGCUGUUUCGCCUUGCAUGUUACUAAGUUCAAUAGUAUGUAUAAUAGACAAAUUCUGCUUAAAAAUGUUUUACAAAAGGGUAUAUUUUAAUAAUUAGAGGAAUGUAUUAUGUAUGUCAAAAGCAAUAGUUUUUACUAUCAAAUAAAGUUUUGCAAUCACAGUAAUCUUAGUAGCAAUUAAAUUUUAAUUACUACAUACAGUUGUGGUUCUUACCAUUGCAGUAUAAUAUGGCAAUUUGCAUAAAAACAGAUAAAUAAAUAUAUGUUUUCAGCAGUUAUUUAUAUUUUGUGCGCAUCAUCUUUAUGGACACUAAAUAGAAAAACCCAGUGUUCCCUAAGGUUAAUACCGAGUAUAGAGCAUUAAACUGAGCUCAAUAAUACCCAGCUCAAGCAAUUUAUUACAAUAUAAAUGUACCAAAAUGUUUACAUCCUCCAUUAUUAAAAUAGUAUCUAAUGAAACAGUGACUGAUAUUCUUUUCUCUAGUCUUUCUAUGUAUAUUUAUUUUAAAAAAACUGUCAUAUUAUAUAAUUGUUUAUAAAAAGCAUAUUACGUAUAGAUAAAUAAGUCUUCCGUUUUUAAUGCACGCCAGUGUAAACGCCAAAAAUUGUGAAAAUAUUUUUUGUAAAGUUUUUAAUAGAAAAUUCAUUGUGAUUUUGCAAUUUGCAAUCUGAUUUGUAAAUGCUUCGAGGGAGCAUGUUUCACCACUCUUUGAUAUUGUUAUUUAUAACCGAAAUUAAUUUUGUUUUCAGAAUUAGUUCUGUUGAAUCUCUAAAAAACCUAGAUCCUGAGAUUUCGGAGUGACCUUUCGUAUACAUUACAAUGAUAGGUUUAAACUUUAUUCUCUAAAAGAAUUAAUGUGUGUCUCUCUAUAAAGAAUUGAAGUGAUAAAAUAUGACAAAUGUGCCUCAAUGCACAAUAUUUAUUUGGACUGUUAAUCAUUGCGUGAUUAAUUUAUUGGUUUUACUAAUACAAAAACUAAAUCAUUUUGUGCCUUUUGACACCAGAAAGCUUCUAUAAGAAGAUAAAAAAUAUCAAAUGACUUUGACAAACAAAUUGCACGGUGGGCGCAGUGACUUGGCAACCGGCUGCCGCGUAACGUGUAGCGGGUUCCAUUCCCACACGGAGCAAUUCUUUGUAUGAUCAACUAGUUUAGGGCAACUUUUUUAAAUAAAAAAAUUACUUAUAAAUCUAUAUUCAAAAUGAAAGUGGUGAAACAAGCCGCCGUAAAUGACGGUUGAUUUAAAAAAAAAUGGUGCUUUUUGAAAAUAUUAAAAUGUUAAUGUGAUGAGUCUCCGUUGCUGCAAGCAAUAUUGGCCUUAUGGGUAAGGGCCAUUAACGCUCUAGCUUUUUUAUAUAAGUCUCAAAUUUUUGUAUAUUUUGUAUACUUACGUUCAAUAUUAGCACGUUUUGUUGUUUAUUGUUAAUAAACUAAUGCUAUUUACGCCUGGACGUCGGAUAUCUUAACUGUAAAACAAUAAGGGUAGCUGUAUUUACGAUUUAUCCAUGUUAAUCAACUUUCUACUCUAAGUCCAUGUGCAACGGUGUAUUUUUGAGGUACAUAAGGAAAACGCGAUUUUCCUCAUGCACUCGAGCGUUGAAAUGUGUGGACUAAACAUUCCAUAGAAACUUUUCCUAGAGUAAUCUCAACCCAGUGUUUAAAGUCUAUAAAUUACUUACCGCCGCACUCAGAGUUAUUUACUUAACCCAGUCCUAAGCAAUUGUUUUGCAAACAAAAUCGUCACUAAGGAAUAGUUUAAGUAAUCAUUAAAUGUCUCUUGCGUGCGGCAGUUAAUAUUGUAGCUACCCAGUCCUACCCAUUAUAUAAAAUAAACUACUUACAUAAAUCUAUAAACCAUUGACUAUGUAAUCGUUAAUUUAAAAAUAAUAGUUGUAAAGUAUUGGUACUUAAAAUCAUCAAGCCCUUACCAGUUCGUGAAAAAUCGUCCAAAAGAUUAAUUUAGAUGCGUCAUUGUACUAUAUUGUAUUGCAGGUAUUCAUUAGUUUGUAAUUAUCGCACGCAUAUUCGCAUUAUUGUUAACUAAAAACCUUAUUAUAAUAUAUUAAUUUGCUUUUU